AUGGCGUUCUCUGACUAUCACGGUUUUUCCUGUCCGCGCAGGGCCGAAUCAUCCUCUUCUGGGAAUUCUCCCAGUUCUUCUAUUUUUUCACGACGUUAUGCCUCAGAUUUUAAUUGUGAAUGUCAAUCUGCGAUAUAUUCCCGUCACAACGAAUUCUCAGGGGGGCCUGAGGUUAUUAUUCACGACACCGAUGGCAAACAAAAACCUGCAGACCAGAGCGGCUCUCAAGGGCGGAAGCACACGGCUUCCGAAACAUCAGAUACACGAACUGUCGUUUCCGUCUACGACCUGGGACUGAAUAAAACUCGAAGCGCAUCCAAACUCGCGUCUGGAGGGGGUUCGCAACCAACUGUGGGGUCCAUUCGAGAAAGGGUCGAAAAGAGCUUGCAAUUAAGCCAGUUCGACCAGAAGGAAUAUCUACCCCUUGAUGCUUUCGAGGAUAUAUUCACUCUCAAUGCUAUUCAGUCGUGCCGAGGCAGAAGGCAACGCAAGACUCGGCGGAAAAAAGUACGCGAAAAGGUCUCGGAGAUUUGGGGUGAGACAGGACACUGCCGACGACGAAUAUUUGGGAUCCUUUUUUACAUGGGAGCGCUUCACUUGAUGGACGACUUCAUAAAAGAACGUAUCUUUGAUGACGACUUGCCGCUUCGUCGGGUAUAUACGGUUAAGGCAGGCUUCAAAACUCGAGACAGAACUGAAAGAGACGAUGUUGUCAACACGAGAUUAAUGGGAAACUGGAAAAGGAAUGAAGUGGAUUUGUUUUACAUUAACCAAAGCAGGUUCUAUGUCCCCUUCUUCGACAGUCAGUCAAAAGACCUCCUCUCUCAUGUCUUUGACAGCAACGUCAGGUUACCUUGGCAGCACUAUCAGCGUAAAACGAACGGAGGUAAUGGUGUAGUGUACAAAGUAAAAAUACAUCCAAGCCAUCACAACUUCAAGGGGUUUCAGAGUCCAGACAACGAGCUUUACUUUGCAGUCAAAGAGAUUGACUCCAUGAGCCGGGAGGUCUACCAUGACGAGAUCAGGGCCCUUGAGAAAGCCAACGCAAAGGCCCAAAAGGAAAAGCACUUGAUUCAGCUUCUCCUAACGUUCCAACACGGAGAGAAACUUUUCCUGCUCUUUGAAUGGGCAGACGGCAAUCUUCUAGAAUUUUGGGAAGAGAAAACACUGGGACUUUCACCCUCGCUAACACACUGGGUUGCCCAGCAGUGCCUCGGUAUCGCCACCGCAAUCAAACGCAUCCAUGGACUCUCGACCUGGCAAAAAAGGCUCAGGUCGUCCUCAAGCAGCGAAACAAGCAGCGAUACUGAAAGGGACUGGGGACGGCAUGGGGACAUCAAGCCGAAUAACAUUCUCUGGUUCUCACGUCAUGGCAACGAUACAGACCUUCUCGUUGUAUCAGAUCUCGGGUUGACUCGGUUCCACUCGCGCCUCACCAAGUCGCUGGUGUCCCGUGUUGACGGAUACACGGGAGCCUAUCGCGCCCCGGAGAUAGACAUGGAUCUUCGCAUAUCUCAGAAGUACGAUGUAUGGUCUCUCGGAUGUGUUUUCUUUGAGUUCUGUGUAUGGUACCUUCUAGGACCCAGGAGUCUUACCGAAUUCGAAGACGACCGGCACGGAGCUCAUCAGUCUGAUAUCCCCUCCUUCCAGGAAGAUUGUUAUUUUAUCAUCAGGCACGAGCCCCACAAGCAUGCGGAACUAAAUCCGGCUGUGAUACAUUGGAUGGAGAGGCUGAGACUCCCUGGUACUCGCACACAUUUCUCUGACCAGAUGAUUGACCUUAUCGAAAAACAAAUGCUAGUUGUUAAUACGGACACUCGAAGUGCUAUUGACGUUAUAUGCGCCGAACUUUUAAGGAUCUUCAACUCCUUGCCGGCAGUGUAUCAAGACGAUAGUAUCACUCAAGUCAUACCUGAUCAGGUAAGUGGAUCAAUAUUCUGCAUCCAUAGAAGUCAACACUUGCUAACCAGAUCUUCAUUAUGUUCAGGACCGAGGGCGACUUUCAGUUACACGGACCGAUGA